AUUAUUAUCAUAUUUAUAAUUCUGUAAUUAUCCUGCUUAUCUUUCAAAAGGUUGGACAGGAUGAAGUUAAAAAGAACACCAAAAUGCUGUGAUCUUAUUGCUGUUUUAUUUUUUCCGACCGUUAUUGCAACGGAAAUUAUUUCUUAUGAAUUUGGAGACACUUGUUCUGUUUUCCUAAAGGAAUUGGACGAAAAUCGUGCCUUUUAUGUUGAAUACCAUGGCAAGACUGUGGGUUUAUUGUGCGAUGACUACUCAUUUGAGGGAAGAGGAGAUGAAAUCAUGGAUGAGUAUAAGAUUUGUGUUACACCUCAAUAUUUCGACGAUCCUGAUUGUGCUGUAGAGUUAAAGUAUACUUCGUCCAUUUUUGGCCCAGCAAUACAGAGAGUAACCUGUACAGAAAAUUACAACACCAAAUUUUGUGGGUCAAGUGAUGACUUUCUUUAUAUCCAUUUCAAAGCACGAGACGAUAAAGAUACAUCAAAUGCUAGUUUUAAGCUACUUAUCAGCGCUGAGAAAUCUUUUGAUUAUGGAACUUUUGUUGGAGCCAUCGUGGGAGGAGUGAUCAGUGGCAUAGUUUUAAUAACAAUAGUAGCAGGAAUAAUAAUUUAUUGUGUGUGUAGGCGGAAACCUACCCAGGGUCAAGUACUAAGACCGGCUCAGAAUACCUCAGGUCAAACAACAAAUCAACCAGGCAUUCCUUAUGCUACCUAUUCUCCACAACAAUCGAACACUACAACAUUAUACCCAACCGGAAAUUACCCAACACAGUAUCCUGCAGGAUACAGCACACAACAGCCAUUCCUACCGCCACAGACAAAUGAUACAAAACAAUAGAACGCCGAUAUAUUCCUUUAUUUUAUUACCUCACAGACAAAUGCUACCGAACAAUAAAACGCCGACAGUUUCCUUUAUUAUACCUCAUAGACAAAUGUUUCCCAACAGCAGAACGCCGAUAGCUUCCUUUAUUAUACUGCGGUAAUACCUGUACAGUCUUCACCUAAAUUUUUGGAAUAUUCUUAUUUCAAAUGAAGUCCAAAAAAUUAUAUUGUAAUUGUAACGUUGAUCCUUAAUAUUAAUUAUGUACAUCGGAAUCGUCAUUGAAAAGUAUGUUGUAAUCAAUUCCAGUGCCAUCAAUGACAGAACUUUACAAACCUUUUGUAUGAGCUUUUCUCAUACUCAGAUGAGCUUUUUCUGAUUGCCUUUUGUCCGUUGUCUGUCCGUCUGUAAACUUUUCAUAUUUUCAACUUGGUACAAAGCAUCCUUGGGUGAUGGGAAGUUUAAAUUGUUAAAAUGAAGUGCCAAGUACCUCUUCAAGGGGAGAUAAUAAAAAAAAAAUAGGGUGGGGUCAUUAAAAAUCCUCUUCUCAAAAACCACUGGGCCAGAAAAGCAUCCUGAGGUAGUGUAGAUUCUAAGUUGUUAAAAUCAUAAACCCCGGGGAUAAGACGGGGCCACAAUAGGGAAUCCAAGUGUUACAUAGGAAUAUAUAGGAAAAAUCUAUAAAAAUCUUCAUAAAAGGUGAAAUUUAUGUGGAAGCAACCUAGGGUAGUGUAGAUUCUAAAUUAAUAUUUUAUUAAAAUCAAGACCGUGGGAGGGGGUGUUAGGGGCCACAAUAGAUAUAAGGAGAGGGGAAAUCUGGCAAAGAACUGCAUCACCCAAGUAACUCAGGUGAGCGAUGUCGCCCAUGGGCUUCUUUUUGUUGUUGUUUUUAUGAAUUCAUUUGCCGUUGUAUUUUAUUGCCUAUAAGUAUUGUUCAUUUAUAUUAUUGUUUUUUUUUCUUUACAGUACAAUAAAGCUACAGUAUUGUAUACUUUUUAUAAUCAGGAAAAAUAAAAUUUUU